CGUUAGCAGGAAGUUCCUACUAAAAAUACCCCGAUGUCAGGCAGAAGAAAGGACGUAGUUCGAGGUGGAUAAAUUUAGGGAUUUCAUGUAUAAGUCAAAGAAGUCCUCGGAAACAUGUCGGGACAGAGAGCAAUCCACUUCUGUUUAGUGUUAAAAUAUCCGCUCUCGGUUUUCUUUCCGCUUUUUGUUUUAAUCGGCUCUAUCAACUCAGUUUCCUUCACCGAGCAGCCAGGGGAGGAGGUAGAGACUUAUGAUAAAUACUACAAUUACGAUGAACUUACUGUCCUUCUUAAAAGUCUCGCUGGGAAAUACACAAACAUCGCAAAUUUGACCAGCAUUGGGAGAUCUGUUGAAGGCAGAGAGCUAUGGGUGAUGAGGAUCACCAGGGACCCCACUGCUGAUACACCGGGUAAGCCUAAAUUUAAAUACGUGGGCAACAUGCACGGAGAUGAGACCGUGUCCCGACAGGUACUGAUUUACCUGCUGGAGUACCUGCUGCAUGGGUAUGGCGACGAUCAGAGGGUCACGGAGCUGGUCAACACCACAGAUAUUUACAUCAUGCCUAGCAUGAACCCUGAUGGAUUUGAGAAGUCUGUCGAGGGGGAUUGUACGGGGGAAAAUGAAGGUCGGUCUAACGCCAAAAACAUAGACCUUAAUAGAAGUUUUCCAGACCAGUUUGAUAACAUACAAGUUAAACCGGAGGACAUCCCUGAAGGCAUUGCUGUCAUGAAAUGGAUAGUGGAGAACAAAUUUGUUCUGUCUGGGAAUCUGCAUGGUGGUACUGUGGUUGCCAGUUAUCCCUAUGAUGACUCGCCGUCCCAUGAUGAGGAAGGCUUCUACAGCAGGUCGCCCGAUGAUGCUCUCUUCAAAUACUUAGCGCGGGUUUACGCAGAAAAUAAUCCUGUCAUGAAAACAGGUCAGCCAAAAUGCAAGGAAAACCCAAGUGAGACCUUCAAGGACGGCAUCACUAACGGGGCAAAAUGGUAUGAUGUGUCGGGAGGAAUGCAGGAUUUCAAUUACCUCAAAGGGAACUGUUUGGAAAUCACUAUGGAGCUCAGCUGCUGCAAAUACCCACCCGCAUGGGCACUGAAAACUGAAUGGGAGAACAAUCGGGAAUCCCUGCUGGCUUACAUGGAAAAGAUUCACAUCGGAGUACGUGGCUUUGUCAAUGCGGCCAGGAAUGGAGCUCCUCUUGCAGAAGCAGUGAUAAUGGUUGCAGGCGUUAAUCACAAUGUGAGCACUACACGUUUUGGUGACUACUAUCGGCUGCUGCUCCCCGGCACCUACAACAUCACAGCCGUAGCCCCAGGCUACAUUCCCAUGCCUGUUGUUAAGGUGAAUGUAAAAGAAGGCAAAGCCACUGAACUGAACUUCACCCUUGUGGCAGAGGGUGAUGACAAUCCAACCACCCCAUUAACCACAGAAAACUCUACUGCCACCACCAUAAACACUGCCAGUGCAGACAGCAGCGCCAGUGCAGACAGCAGCGCCAGUGCAGACAGCAGCGCCAGUGCAGACAGCAGCGCCAGUGCAGACAGCAGCGCCAGUGCAGACAGCAGCGCCAGUGCAGACAGCAGCGCCAGUGCAGACAGCAACACCAGUAAAGGAUCAGUGAACCAAGAGUCAAGCCUCCCGGUUCAGCCCCAGAAGUUCCGCCAUCACACCCUCAGUGACAUGGAGCUGUUCCUAGAGAAGUUCAGCACUGAAUACAGCUCCAUCACACGCCGCUAUGACAUUGGCCGGUCCGUGCAGGGGCGUCUCCUGUGGGUCAUGGAGAUCUCUGACAACCCUGGUGUCCAUGAGUUAGGCGAACCCGAGUUUAAAUACAUUGGCAAUAUGCACGGCAAUGAGGUGGUUGGUCGGGAGCUGCUGCUUAACCUCAUCGAGUACCUCUGCCGUAACUAUGGCAGAGACCCCGAGGUCACAGAGCUGGUCAACUCAACCCGCAUCCACAUCAUGCCUUGCAUGAACCCGGACGGAUAUGAAAUUUCUCAGAAGGGAGAUAUCAGUGGCAUCCAGGGUCGUAACAACAGUAACAAUUUUGACCUGAACCGAAACUUUCCUGACCGCUUCAAAUUCGUCACGGACCCACUACAGCCAGAGACCAUUGCAGUUAUGAACUGGUCCAAGAGCCACCCUUUUGUGCUGUCUGCCAACCUUCAUGGAGGCUCUUUGGUGGUGAAUUAUCCAUAUGAUGAUAAUCCGGAGGAUGGUAUUCGGUACAGCAGGUCCCCGGAUGAUGAUGUAUUUAAAAUGGUGUCUCUCGCAUACUCCAAGGAAAACGCUAAAAUGCAUAGCGGUCACCCUUGUCCAGAAAUGGAUUCAUUCCAAGAGAAAUUUGAAGAUGGUAUCACCAAUGGGGCCGCAUGGUACAACGUCCAUGGAGGGAUGCAGGACUGGAACUAUCUCAACACUAACUGCUUUGAGGUGACCAUUGAACUGGGCUGUUAUAAGUAUCCACUAGAGGCAGAUCUGCCAAAGUACUGGGAUGAAAACCGCAGAUCACUUCUGCAGUUCAUCCAUCAGGUACACAGAGGACUGAAGGGGAUGGUGAUUGACAGCAAGGAUGGGUCUGGCAUCCCCAAUGCGACCAUCAUCGUGGACGGCAUUGAUCACCCAAUCACAACCAAUAUCGCAGGGGACUAUUGGCGCUUGCUAGUCCCAAAAUCAUACCACCUGACUGCCUCUGCCCAGGGCUACAAGUCCGUAAGCACCUACGCCUCUGUACCCAAUGAAGGGGUAGAGAUUGUUAACUUCACACUGACCCGAAUUAGCACCAACAUAAAUGGGAAGAUGACGGAUGAUUCCUCGCCGGUUCAGGAUCCUAGAAUGAAGGAGCUCCAGAGUCUCAUUAAGCAGCUUUCAGGAGAAUCUGGUCUGGACGAGCUGAUCGAGAACACUCUUACGCAGAGCAGUUUUCGCUACCGCAAAUACAGCGAAGUUUCCCAAUUCAUGAGGGGCCUCAACCUGAACUUCCCAGAAAUCACCUCACUUCACAGACUUGGCCAAAGUGUGGAGUAUAGAGUUAUAGGGGCUCUGGAGAUCUCCAACAACCCUAAAGUCCAAGAACCAUCCGAGCCCAAGAUCCGCUUUGUGGCAGGCAUUCAUGGCAAUGCCCCCGUGGGCACAGAGCUGCUUCUAGAGUUUGCUGCCAGGCUCUGCAUCAACUAUGGAAAAAAUGAAGCCAUCACCAGGCUAAUCAACGAGACCAGAAUUUUUAUCCUACCCAGCAUCAACCCAGAUGGGCGUGAGCUGGCAGUGGAAAAAGACUGCACCUCCACCGUUGGCAUGACCAACGCUCGUGGCAAAGAUCUUGACAGUAACUUCUUUGGUAAUACAUCUCAACAUGCUGGAGAUCUUGAGCCAGAGACACAAAUUGUGAUGAACCUUAUACAAGAGGAGAGCUUUACUCUCUCUGUGGCUCUGGAUGGAGGCUCUUUAUUGGUCACAUACCCAUAUGACAAACCAGUGCAACCUGUGGAAAAUGAAGAGACACUGAGAUAUUUGGCUACUGUGUAUGCCAACAACCAUCCCACAAUGCACUUAGGCAAUACUGGGUGUUCAAACAAUGGCCAAGUGAGCAACAUCCCUGAUGGUGUACUGCGAGCAGCCGAGUGGCACAGUCAUAUGGGAAGCAUGAAGGACUUCAGUGUGGACUUUGGGCACUGUCCUGAAAUCACUGUCUACACCAGCUGCUGCCUGUUCCCUCCGAUCGAACGGCUGCCCACGCUUUGGAAAGAGAACAGGAAGUCACUGCUGAGAAUGCUGGUGGAGGUACACAAAGGGGUUCGUGGGAUAGUCAUGGAUAAGAAGGGUAAGCCCAUUGUGGGCGCUGUGAUAGUGCUGAAUGGUGGUUUGAGAGUCUUAAGCGGUGAGGGAGGGUUCUUCCGCGCCCUUCUGGCCCCAGGUAUACACAACAUUGAAGUGGUAGCUGACGGCUACCAGCAGCAAUCCCAAAAGGUGUCAGUGUCACAGUUUGAAGCAGCAAGCACCAUUAUUAUUCAGUUCGACAUGGAGAACAAUAUUUUUGGCCUUCCAAGAGAACUAGUUGUGGCAAGUGCAGCCGCAGCAAUGACGGCCCUGGUUAUCACUGCCUGCAUCAUCUGGUGCGUCUGCUUGGCCAAGUCAAACCGACAAAAGGACGGAUUCCAUCGGCUGCGGCAGCACUGCGACGACUAUGACGAUGAGGUCCGUCUCAUGUCCAUGGGCUCCAAAAAGUCUCUUCUGAACCACGAAUUUCAAGAUGACAGUGAAAGUGAUGAAGAUACGUUAUACACCAACAAACUUUGAGAGAGCCAUCUGCUAUCUCUUCCCAGAGUCUGUCCACUGCCCGUCGGACCACUAGAGGGCGCUCGCUUUAUGAACCAGCAGCAUUAUGAUCCAAACAGUCCAAACUUUUAAGGACUACCACAUGAUGCACUUGAUCUUGUAAAAUCUGGAAACCUUUUUAGUGUAUGCAAUUUACGACUGUACAGUAUGCUCUCGACCAGACUGUUUGUAUAUCUGGGUCUACUACGUUAUAUUGGUCUUUACCCUUUUAGUCCAUCAAUGCAUAAAUCUCAACAGGAUUAUGAAACACUGUGCCUUGUUAGGUUAGAGGUUGUUUGAUGGGUGAGAUAGGAGGAUAAGUAUUUUGAAGUGUACGUUUUUUGCCACAUCAGGAUGAAUGAAUCCAUAUGGAAUCUGGUUUAGCUUUAUUUUAUUUCACGAAUCAGAUGCAGAAUGCUGUGUGUUGUUCUCAGUAUGUGUAGUUGUACAUAUCCAGCUGAUGGUUCAAAACAUUUCACAUUACGCUGUUGUUCACCCAAACAAGAUAUUUCUUACAUUUUAGCAGUAAAGCAUUGCACUUCUCUGACUAAGAUGUUUAGUUUGCUGAGGAUGUCAACAGCGAAUAUAGAGCAUUUAGUUACGAUUUGCAUUUAAGCAGCCUCUCAUUAUGGUUUCUAUGUAUACAGCUGCACAUUAGUCACAUAAAUGAUGUGUUAGGCUGGCAGACAAGCAUGAUCACUGCCUUGUUGUUUCACAAUAUACCAUGGACAUGAUAGUGUUUAGGGAGUGCAUCUAAACGUUACUUACAAACAUGGUCCCUAUUUUCAUUUAUUUUAAGGAAUGUAUUUAUUUUUAUUUUAGCAUCCAUCCAACACCAGGUUUAUUUUGCUCACCGGCUCUCAGGCAUCCCAAAAAGAUCACAAAUGUCAGAACGGUAUAAAACUUAAUUUAUGUAGCAGAUAUGCAGUUAUUUGCAAUUGAGGAAAUGGGAGAAUUGAGUUUUGUGUUUGAGAAUCUGUAAAGGUGGAAAGUGUGCUUUGUAUUAAAUCUUCAAUCACUUUUAUCCUCCUCUCUUAUAGUUUAAUGUAAUGAUUGGGAUAAAGAAGAUGAGAAGUGUCUGGUCAUUGAUCAACCUCAUGUGUUAAAGGGAUAGUUUACCCAAAAAUAUCAAUUCUGUUAUUUUCUCACUCUUAUGUUGUUACAAAUCUGAAUAAUUUUUUUCUUUCUGAUGAACACGAAGGAUAGAUAUUUUGAGGAUUUUUUUCUACUAUGGAAGUAAGGAUCAUAAACGGUUUGGUUACAAACAUUCCUUAAAAUAUCUUCCUUUGUGUUCAUCAGAACAAAGACAUGUAUACAGGUUUGUAACAACAUGAGAGUGAGUAAAUUAUAACAGAAUUGUAAUUUUUGGGUGAACUAUCCCUUUAAUUUAUAACACUUAAAAUAUGUGUCAUGCUUUUAAAGGAAAAAACACCUCAUUAAACACAUAUCACACACAUAUAUCAUGUUUGAAUAAUUCACAUAAUUUUUGUGUCAGAUUGAUUUCUCUAAUAAAUCAUAUGAUGAUGAUGAUGAUGAUAAGGACUGUUUGAUUAGUUGCAGAUCCUAUUACCAACUACAUUUAAAUCUGAUUGGCUUGAUGUUGAUUUUCAUGCUUGAAUGUAAAUUCCAGGAUGUGUUUGAACAAAUAUGUCUAACUUUUCUAUGUCUGUGCUGAUGUUUUUUCUAUACAAUAAUGAUUGUAAAUACUAAAUUGUUGCCAACUAUGUAAAUUACACAAGUGCAAUUUCUGUUGAGUGAAAGAACUGCGCAAAUUAAUCUGCCUUUAGUUCUGAAAUGAAUGGUGUCUAAUGAAAUGAAAUGUAAAUUAAACAGUCAAUGUUCUCAAUA